AUUUUUAUCUCGACUGUCUCACUUCACUCUACCCAUCGAAGCUCUCUUCUUUUUUCUUUUCUUUUGAAAAACAUUUUUGUUGUGAGUAGACUCGUUUCGUGUCUUUCGACUUAAAAUGCGUUACGUGGCUGCUUACCUUUUGUCCGUCUUGGGCGGAAAAGCCUCCCCCAGUGCGGCUGACAUUGAAAAAAUCCUUGGGUCAGUAGGUAUCGAAGCUGAAGCAGAAAAACUGAAAAAGGUCAUCUCUGAGCUCAAUGGCAAAUCCAUCGAGGAAGUUAUUUCUCAGGGCCGAGAAAAGUUGAGCUCCAUGCCCACUGGUGGCGCUGCUGCACCCGCCGCCGCCGCUGGUGCUGCUCCAGCAGCCGAAGAGAAGAAAGAGUCCAAAAAAGAAGAAAAGAAAGAAGAAUCCGAAUCAGAGGAUGAUGACAUGGGCUUUGCCCUAUUUGAUUAAAAUGUUUUAAUCAUAAGUACAAUUUUUAUUUUAAAUUAAAACUAAAAAAACUGGAAUUGUGUUAUUUUCAUUUUUAAUAAAAAUACCC